AUGUCACGGUAUCACUCAAGAAGAGAUGGGAAUGAACUUCCUGCAUUUCACAUUGUCCGAUGUGCAUGGCUCGAGUUGGAAAUAUGCCUCAUUAGUGUGGAAUGA